AUGCACUACAUGCAUGACGCAGGAAUAGAUUUAAUGAUAUUUGCUUUGAGAAACAACAAUGAGGUAUUUUUGAAGUAUUCUCUAAAUGAAGAGAUCUUUAAGAUUGAGUAUUUGAGAUCAGAUUAGAUAAUCGAAGAGUUUCUAGAUAUCCUUCAAUCAGACUCUAAAACAGAAUUAGUCUUUAACUGCCUAAUAUACGCUGACUACUCAGUUUGGAAGCCCAACUAGAUUGAAAGAAUAAAUGAUGCAAUUGCUGAAAUUGUUGAAUCAGGCCAUGAAUCAAAUAGGAUCAUGUAUUGCUACAAUAGCAUAUUAACCAUCUGUCUUGCUUGUGAAAUCCUUACUAGAAUUGGAGUCUAAUUCAAAGAGUACUAGUAAAACUCAAAGUCUUGCAUCGAGGAUUUACUUACUCUAGGCGAUAAACUCUUAGAUAAUCUUGAGGACGAUUACAUUGAUAAAUUUUUCUUGGAUUUAGACUUUCAAGACAGGACUGUACUUAGAAUUGUGACUGAGAAUGACUUCUCUCCUCUACUAAGUAGUGAAAAAAUAAACAUACUAAUAGAAGAAAUGUGGAUUGGAAAGGCUACUUAUGAAUGUGAUGGCAAAAUAUCUGAUUUCUCUUUACUCUAUAAUCUUUACAAGAUGAAAUUAAACAAGAUAAAAGGAAAGAAUAUUAGUCUUAAAGAGAUUUUAUAUACAAACUUCAAGCCAAACAUUAAGGAUGAGAUUUAUUGGUUUUAGUAUAGCGUCAGACAUACUUCGAUUCAAAAUAUAUUUCUCAAGGAAAUUAUCAGUGCCGCUCUUAUUGCCAUAGUUUUUCAAUACUUUAACUUUUAAUAUCUAUGGCUUUUUGGAAUGAGUAACUUUAAUGAGGUGCCUGCAGAAGAAAGAAUCAAUGCAGUUAAUAAAAAUAUUGCAACUUAUGAGCCCUAUAAUCUUGCUGGAAACUUAUUUUCAAUUGCAUUGAUAAUUGGUGCUUGUUUAAAGAUAGUGUUUAACACAUUUUCUUCUGUUAGUCUACCCUUUGACAAGUGGACUAACUUUGAUAUUGUUACUUCUCUAAUGAACAUUAUUGCAUUCAAUCUAACUGGCCAACUUACUCCUGAAAUAAUUCUCGAUCCUGUAAGAAAGUAAAGAAUCGACAUUAUGAUUGUCUUUGUGAUUAUACUUCAGUGGGGAAGACUCUUUUCUUACUUAUUGGUUGUUAGAAGUAUUUCUAAACUUAUCCUUACCUUGAUAACAAUUCUGUAAAAUGCCUUGAAUUUCAUACUGAUUAUGCUCUCCUAUCUGCUUAUAAUGUCUACUCUAUUCACAGUCUUGUAUUAGGAAGUUGUACCAAGAUACUCAGGAAUUAUUCUAUCUUUAAGAACACUAUUUGAUGCAGCAAUGGGAGCUUAUUCUUAUGAUGGAAUGGAUGCCUAGUUUAUGUCGCAUUCGGUAUUGAUUGUUGUACAUAUAUUCUUAGGUAACGUAUUCUUGCUAAAUUACUAUAUUGCCCUGCUUUCUGCUAUCUUUGAAGAAGGAACAGAAACAACAGGAGAGUUCGGUUAUCUUACAAGCAAAUACUAGUUCAUCGAAAGAUAUCAAGUAGCAUUGAGAGACUAAGAUGGCUAUUCUGAACUAGUUAUAUAUCCACCUCCUCUAAGUUGUUUUGCAGCUUUUCUAACUCCUUUUGCCUUGAAAAAAAAAUGGAUGCUAAAAGCAUCCAAAAUAUUUAGCAAAAUGGCUUUUUGGACUGAAAACAUAAUCUAUAUUAUGCUUUUCAUGCUCUACUCCCUGAUGCUAAUUCCAUUAGUUUAUGUGAAAAUGGUCUUCAAUUUAAUGAAAAUGGGUUCAAUCUUGCAUGCAAUAAUGAUAAUACCUCUUUGGCUGAUGUUCGGCAUCUUCUAUCUGUUUUAUGCUCUAUUUCAUGAUACUUAAUACUUCAUAAGAUGCUUGGCAUUAAAUUUUGAUAAUGGACCAUUAUUAAAUGAAUAAGAAGAGAUUGAUAUCAAGUAGGAUAAGAUAAUACUAUACAAUGAGGUGAUAGAUGUUGUCAAAUGCAUUUAGCAUCUAUACAAAGAACAUAAAAUAAAGCGUCAAAAGCGAAAGAAUAGAAAUUCUCUAUUAAAGAGAUCUACCAAGAAGCUUAAUGAAAUGGAUAUCAAAAGAUUUAUUUAGGAAAAAGAAGCUGAACAAAAGAAGAUUGAGAAUGAGGAGGGCUUUACAAUCAGUAAAGAGCUGAUUAUUGAAGCUUGGUGUAAAUUCAGACCUGAGUCUACAGGAAAUACUCCAAGAGCUGAAAGGAAAAUUGGAUAUUAAUCUAAAGAUAUUCAUGAAAUUUUCGGUGACUUAUUUGUAGCCAAGUUAAUGGCUGGUAUUAAGGUUAGACAUUAUAACUAGAAGAUAUAACAGGAAAAUGAGAAAGAGUAUAAAGCUAUUAAGAAUGAACUAGUAAGUGCAUUUGAGAAGAAAUUCAACAAAGAUCUAUUUGAAAAGUAAAGAAUGUCAUCGGAUGAUGAGUCAAAACGUUCUAUUGAAGAAGAACCCAAACAAUACAUUCCAGAAACAGAAAUUCAGCUCAUUGAUGACAUGCUUGAAAGAUUUAUUUUCGUCUCUUAAAAAUCUUCUGUAGAAUAACUUGAUAUUAAGCUUGCUCUAAAAGCUAUCCCUUCUAGAAUUAAUGAACAUAAUGUCGAUAGAAUGGAUAUGAUAGACUUCAAUGUGAUAUAGAAAUCUCUAAUUGCCUUUUAGAAUGAUGAUCAAGAUGAGUUGUUUAAUUACUAUGAUAAGAGAAAUAAAAUCAGAGUGUCAAAACUAAAUAAGAAAAGUUAAGAGACAACUGAUUAGACUGGUGAUCUAAAAGAUCUAUCCAGCAAUGUUUUAGGUUCUGUUAAUAAGAUUAUAGGACUUGGGGAAUAUUUGCAAAGAGGAAAUAUCUAGGCUGACAACCCAAAGAUAAAACUUAACAAUAAUGAAAUAGCUAAUAACUAUAAUAGAAAAUUGAGACGACAAAAUACUCAAGAUAAAAAGGGAAAGGUUAAUUUCAUGCCUUAAAAUUGA